AUGAAAAGACUUUCAGCUUUGUUGACCAUUCUGCCACUGGCUCUUGGCACGCCAUUUCGGCGCACCGAACUCGCUCCUCUCUUCACGCACCAAAAGUCUGACCUGGCAGGCCCUGACAGAUAUAUCGUCAAGUUCAAGGACGAAACUGCUCAGGGGGCUGUAGAAGAAACCCUUGAAACCCUGGAUCAGAUUGCUGAGCAUGUCUACCUGGAGGGGUUUAAAGGAUUUGCUGGUACUCUCGAUGCAGCCGCUCUGGAGAAAUGGAGAUCACAUCCUGACGUUGAAUAUAUCGAACAAGACUCAAUUGUGCGUGCAACCGCUUACAUUGAGCAACCUGGCUCGCCAUGGGGCCUUGCUCGCAUCUCCAGUCGGAUUAACGGUGCCGGUAAAUAUGUUUACGACGAAAGUGCUGGAGCCGGCACAUGUUCCUACGUGAUAGAUACUGGGAUCGAAGCCUCCCAUCCAGAUUUCGAUGGCCGAGCCAUCCAUGUAGUCUCGUUCGCUGGUGACAAUACUGACGGAAACGGCCAUGGAACCGCAGUCGCUGGCGUCAUCGGCGGAACCACAUACGGUGUCGCCAAGAAGACAACCCUCCUCGCAAUCAAAGUGUUCGACGCCUCGGGCUCUGGCACCACGUCUCAAGUCCUCGCCGGCAUCUCAUAUGUCACCCAGGACGCCGCCGCAAGGAGCUGUCCCCGCGGAGUCUUUGUGAAUCUGAGCAUCGGGGGCUCAUACUCCGCUACGCUGAAUGCCGCCGUUGCUGCUCUCGUCACCGAGGGCAAGUUCGUUGCCGUCGCUGCGGGCAGCAGUGGGACGAACGCCGGCAAUUUCUCACCUGGCUCGGAGGAAUCUGUCUGCACUGCGAGCGCGAGUACUUCGCUUGAUGCAAGAAGCUCAUCGUCCAAUUAUGGGGCAGUCGUCGAUAUCUUCGCUCCAGGUCAAUCUAUUCUGACAACCUAUCUCAAUGGCGGCACUGCCACUCUUUCCGGAAGUUCAUUCGCUUCUGCACACAUAUGCGGUCUUGCUGCGUAUCUCUCCACACUGGAAGAAACUCCAAAUCCAGCCACUCUGUGUACCCGCAUUAGGGAGCUUGCUACAAGUAAUACUCUCACAGGCAUCCCUCAGGGAACAGAUAACUUGCUGGCUUUUAACGGAAAUCCUCAGGGCUGA